ACCUAUGGAAAAGAGUACAGCUGACAUUUCGGGCCGAGACCCUUCAGCAGGACCCCUUAUCAAGUACACCUUUGCCAGAAAACAGCCUGUCACAAUCCACACUUACCAGAUGAUUUCCAAUACCAUCAAAAUUGGCCUUUCUCCAAUUUAGAAUCUCAACCCACGAACCCGACCUAUCUUUUUGCAUAUUUACUUUGAAACUAAUGGCACUGUGGUCACUAGAUGCAAAGUCUUCCCCUUCACAAACUUCUGUCUCAUUCUCUAAUAGCAGAUCCAGUUUCUUUCCAGGGCAGUUGGAGGAUUUUGCAAAGGUGUCUUUUAAGUGUCUUGAGGUACCUGCUGCAGGUAAUCGUGCUCUCAGCAUCACAUAACCUGGCAAAUUCGCCACCGGACUGUGCCACAUCUAAGGGAUGUGGUUUCACAGAUUUCCUUUUGAUCAGCGGAGCUGCAUUCAUUCAGUUCAUCAAACCUGACCUGCACCUUAUAGGUACUGGAAGGCUUGGAAUGAUGAUUUGGUCAGUGAUCACAUGGUUCUGACCACCCUGACCUUAACCAGUUAUCGGUUAAGCUUCUGGCCGACGUAGACUCACAGGAUGUUUUAUGCCGGAGGUGGAAGGACGGACAUCUUCUUGAUGGAAAUAGUCAUUGUCAAUUUGUGGCGUUCAAACCUGAUUGUUGUCUACUUCCUGCUGCGAACGUACUCCCUCAGCAUUGCACCGGGUUUCAGAGCUCCGGUUUGCGACUUGCUCCUGUCCAAACAGCCGGCCGGGUAACUGUUCGGAUAUUAUCACAUGAACGGGAGAGGGGUUAUAAUCAUCUCUCACCGCCCUGGACGGACUGACUGAAGAGGGGAACGCUUCGCAAAACAACAACAAACCCCCACCAAGCCGACGCCCCGAGUCGCCGGCGCAAGGGCGACAGGAGGCGAAAACGGGUGUAACGGGCGUGAGGUUGAGCCAAUCGCUGACUGCCGGGCUCGCCGCUGCUCGAGAUGUUGGGUGUGACUUCCGGCGAUGGAGGCGGGCCCGUUUGGAGCGGGAUGACGGCGUGACUGCUUCCGGUUGUGCAGUUUGUGUUUCGGUUGCUGGCGGUCGGUGGCUGGGACGUCAGGAGCUGUACUUCUACUAGAUGGGAUAACAUACAGACAUGUUCAGCUUUGAAGGUGAUUUCAAAACACGGCCCAAGGUUUCUCUUGGUGGAGCCAGCAGGAAGGAAGAAAAGGCUUCAUUGCUGCACCGAACCCAGGAAGAAAGAAGAAAGCGAGAGGAAGAAAGACGAAGGCAGAGGAACGCAGUUAUUAUUCAGUCCUUCCUCCGAGGAUACAGGGACAGAAAACAGCAACAUACAAUACAACGAAGUGAAUUUGAUCAUUGUUUCUCCAUUGCACAAGCUGGCGGAAAUUUUUCUAUCAGUGAUGGAUACAAUCUGACUGUUUUAAUAAGAAAGCUCUUAUUUUUUUAUAAACAAAAUGAAGAUUUGGAGAGAUUGACAUGGAUUUGUCAAAAUUUGGUUAAACAUAGUGGUUUGUAUGUUCAGCAGCUAGUCGAUUCUAACAAACAAAUAUGUUUGUAUCAAAUAAAGCGCUUAUUGGCUUUAUGUUGCAGAUUACUGAAGAGCUGUAAUAAUGAAACUUUGAAUGUUACUGUGCCUUUGCGGAUGUUGGAGAUCUUUUCCUCAGAAAAAACAUAUCUGCCCAUUGUACGGGAUGUUAAUAGCGUAACAUCAAUAGUUGAACAAAUUUUGCACUACAUGGUUCAGAAAGGUUACUAUAAAUCACUUUACAUGUUAAUUAAUCAUAGGCUUCCUUCAAGUUUAGAGUAUUCUGAUGUUUCACGGGUUUCACGUGUUCCACUUGCAAUGACACUGUUGGAGAAUUUCUUGAAGCCUCUGCACUUUCAAUAUGCUUCAUGCCCAGAAGGUUCAAGGCAUCAAGUCUUUGCUAUAUUGGCAAAAGAAUUUUUCACUGCACCGUUCACAGACCAGAUCUUCAACUUCCUUGUUCCAGCACUGUCUGCUGUGGGGACUUCCUUUCCUUAUGUACCUUUCCUAACUGCACUAUUAAUACCGAAAACAACCUCUUCAGUAGGACUUACUUAUACCAAGGAUAUGGCACCUUGGCUCCUUUACUUUGUUCUUGCUGUUGGUGAAUCACAGAUAGCAUUUCUGUCUGAGAAAGGCAUGCUUGUGUACCUAAAGAUGCUUCAGAUUAUUUUACCACAGUUACCCGUUUCAUUGACUGAGUCAAAUGGCAGAGAAAUUGGUAGUGACUCAGAAAAUGAAGAGGAGGAGGAGCGCAAGAUGGUUACCAACAAAGGUAAUGGUAGAAUUUCAGUGAACGUAAUUACUGCGGAGUGUCUCAAGAAGCUGGAUACUAAACAGCAAACAAAUUCCUUGCUUAACCUGGUUUGGAAGGAAUCUGUAAGUGAAGAUGUUUUCACUAUGAUGGCGUCAAUCUGCCACACACUGAUGGUGCAACACAGAAUGAUGGUUCCAAAAAUCAGACUUCUUUAUAGUUUGGCAUUUAACGCACGAUUCAUGCGUCACCUUUGGAAUUUGAUUACAUCUGUAACAACAAAAAUGAUAACAGGGUCUUUGGUCCCUUUGCUUCAUCUGAUCUCACGAGGUUCUCCAAUGUCACUUGAGGACUCUCAUCGGAUCAUACCUCUCUUUUACCUCUUUAGUUCCCUCUUCAGCCAUUCCCUUAUUUCAAUACAUGACAAUGAAUUCUUUGGAGAACAAGCUCAAGGAGGAGUGAGUCAACAUCCAGUUACAAUGAUGCCAUUCACUUUAAGAGAGUUAGUAACAUUAUCCCGUUGUCUCCGGGAUGCUUGUCUUGGAAUAAUUCAUUUGGCAUAUCCAGAAACCAAACCGGAGGUUCGCGAGGAGUACAUUGUUGCAUUUAAGAGCAUUGGUGUCCAUACAAAUGCAGAAAUGCAAGAACGAAUUGAGUCUGAGAGGAAAAGGUGGAUUCAACUCUUUAAGGUGAUCUCUAACUUAGUGAAAAUGCUGAAGUCGAGAGACACAAGAAGGCAGUUUUGUCCUCCUGAUCAUUGGCUUUCUGAUCAAGUUAAUAUAAGAGCUGAUAAGGUCACACAACUGUAUGUGCCCUCAGCCAGGCAUGUAUGGAGGAUGCGUCGAAUGGGAAGAAUAGGACCACUGCAAUCGACACUUGAUGUUGGUCAAGAGCCUGCUCAGUUAUCUGUAGCUGAAGAGCGUCAUCUUGCCAUUUUAACUGAACUACCAUUUGUAGUUCCAUUUGAAGAACGAGUGAAGAUCUUCCAAAGAUUGAUCAUUGCUGAUAAGCAGGAAGUGCAAGGGGAAGGGCCACUUUUAGACGGGAUCAAUGUCAUAAUUCGACGCAAUUACAUCUAUGAAGAUGCAUAUGACAAGCUGUCACCAGAAAAUGAAUCUGACUUGAGAAAAAGAAUACGUGUUCAUUUACUAAAUGCACAUGGUUUAGAUGAAGCUGGAAUUGAUGGUGGAGGAAUAUUCAGAGAGUUCCUUAACGAGCUGCUGAAGACGGGCUUUAAUCCAAACCAGGGAUUUUUCAAAACAACGAAUGAAGGACUUCUCUAUCCGAAUCCUGCAGCGAAAAUGCUGGUUGGGGACCACUAUACCAGACAUUAUUAUUUCCUUGGAAGAAUGUUGGGAAAGGCCCUAUAUGAAAACAUGUUGGUAGAGCUUCCUUUUGCUAGUUUCUUUCUGUCCAAACUCUUGGGCACUAGUGCUGAUGUUGACAUCCAUCACCUUGCCUCACUGGAUCCUGAAAUGUACAGAAAUCUGCUCUUCCUGAAGAGUUAUGACGGUGACGUUGAAGAGCUUGGUCUCAAUUUCACUGUGGUAAACAAUGAACUGGGGGAAGCACAGGUUGUGGAACUGAAGCUAGGUGGAAAGGAUAUUCCUGUGAGCAGUGCAAACAGGAUAGCCUACAUCCAUCUUGUUGCAGACUAUAGACUUAACAAGCAGAUUCGACCGCACUGUCUUGCAUUCAGACAGGGAGUGGCUAAUGUUGUGAACUUGGAGUGGCUGAGGAUGUUUGACCAACAAGAACUGCAGGUUUUGAUAUCUGGAGCACAAAUUCCAAUCGACCUGGAGGACCUGAAAAAUUUCACCAACUAUUCAGGUGGUUAUUCAGCAGACCAUGCAGUCAUCAGAAUAUUCUGGAAUGUUGUAGAAAAUUUCACAAAUGAUGAAAAGCGGAAAUUGCUUAAGUUUGUCACGAGUUGCUCUCGACCACCAUUGUUGGGAUUUAAGGAAUUAUAUCCAGCAUUUUGUAUACACAAUGGAGGAACUGACCUGGAGCGUUUACCCACAGCCAGUACUUGCAUGAACCUUCUAAAACUUCCAGAGUUUUAUGAUGAAAGUCUUAUGAAGAGUAAAUUACUUUAUGCAAUUGAAUCAGCAGCAGGCUUUGAGCUAAGUUGAAGUAAAUAUGAGACACUGACAGUUGAGAAUGAUGGAUAGUGCUUACAACAUGUACCAACAAUCAGAGUUCUCACAAAGGGGAUGAAAUGAGUUGUGUAGAAUCAAAUGGGUUUUAAUAAAGUGAACUGCAAAGAUGAAGCUUCUUCUAAUCAUAUAUUUGUAGCUCAGAUGGAUGUAUGAUCAAAAGGUACUUUGGGCGUUUCUACUGUUAAGAUUGAGGCUAUGAUGCUCUGGGCCUGUGCUGUAUGGCGUUAACCAAAGAUUCAGCCAAUGUUAUAUGGUAGUUAAAACAGGCAAUAAAGCAAGCCAUAAUAAUGGAAGAUAUUUGCAUUUAAAAUAGGCUUUUCUUCAUUAGAAGCCUAUUUUUAUAUGGCAGUUUGUGGCUAAUGGUUUUUUUUAAACUUCAUACUGGUUACUUGCAUUUAAAGCACAUAAACCAUGUAACUGCUGCAUUUUACUUUUUAAAAAGUUGCACAUUUCUUACAGUCUGUUUUAAAUCACAAGUAUGUCCCAAUAUGGAACCCGAUAAAACAUAGUGGCAAUUUACAGCCUAGAUUAAAACUGUAUGGCGUGACAUUAUAUUAAUUAUAUGGCCUUUCUGCAUAACUGUGGUGAGAGUUCUGAAUAAGAAGCAUUAAGUGAAUGAGAUAUUAUGUGGACAGGAAAUUACUUAAUAUCAAUAGAAUUCAGCUUGCUCAUAUAAAUAAUUCCAUUAGGCCAUGGUAUAUGUGUUUAAGACAGAAUUUAGUCAGCAGUUUCUGUAAACAGAGAUGUGAAUACAUGUUUUAUCUGCAUCUGUGAAUACUAUUGUUUUUGUUCUGUAUCUGUACAGUUUUCUCUUGUGUAUUAAACCUCUAUACUAUCAAAAUAGCCCUUAUUGUUAAGAGUUGUAACUUUAACAACUAUUAAAAUUUGAAUAAUAGAGCUAAUGUGUCAUUUUGUACAUUUGUUAGGAAAGAUUACUAAAAAUUGCAUGGAAAGCCACAGUUUAAGUAAACUAAUGAAAAUAUUCCAUUAUUUUCCUUUAAUGUGAAGAUCCUAACUCUUCAAACACUUAUUGUUAAUUAUCAAUGUCCAUACAAAUUUUUGACUGUCUUUUAUUCAAUAAAUGGU